GAAUUGUAGAGGGGUUCAUGUAUAUAUUAACAGUUGCCACUUGUCAGGAUGGACUACUUAAGGGUGUGUGUUGGUGGUGGUUCCAUCUCAGAGUUCCAAAUUUCUCAUCAUCCGCAAUCAUGGGCAGCAUUCAGACCCCCCCAGAAGUGGAAUGCAACGGUUGCACUCCCCAAAUAUCGAACAUGAAAAUCCUAGCGGCAUCUCUUCGAGGUCAGACAUUCGUCCUCCCAAAAUUAGAUUCGCUCAUGCCUGGCUGGCCAUCUUACGUGGGCAAGCACUACGAAGAACUUCAGGCCGUGGCCGAGAAGAAAUAUACCAAAUUGGGGUACACGGGUGACAAGCUUAAACGGCUUCGGAGGAUAAAUUGUCCCUUGCCUGCUUCUUGUUGGUGGCCCGAAGCAUCACUUGAAGCUGGUGUCACAUUUAUGUAUUGGUUUAUGUUUAUAUUCACGUGGGAUGAUGAGCUAGAGGAGAUUCAUAUGCGUGAUGUCGCAGGAGAUUCAGUAGAAGCUCAAACCUUCCGACGAGACACGCUGUUAUUCAUCGAGCACUACCUCGGACUUUCACGCACAGGAAGCGAAGCUCCCCUCCCUCCGACUCAAGGCGUGGGAACAUUCACCGAGCUCGGCGAUCUUCUCAAAUCACAAUACAACAUCACGCAACGGAAACGAUGGUUCGACGAAGCGGUUUUCUUUUUCAAAAUGGUGAAGGUCGAGCAGGAAUAUGUUCUUGCCGAUAAAGUCCCCACUGUGGAAGAUUUUUGGACGAUGAGAAUGGGGAGUAGUGCCGUGGGUCAGAGCAAUGCUUUGGGAGAAUGAGCUGUGUCUCAAAGUAGGACUGCCCGACCACAUCCAUGCCCACCCAGACAUGCAAGUCCUCCAAGACGAAGCGAACCGAAAUAUAUCAGCAGUCAACGACAUUCUCUCCCUGAAAAAAGAAUUACGCGACAACUGCGUGUUAUCAUUAAUCCCGGUCUAUGUCUACAAUGGAAUGGACUUGCAAACUGCCGUUGACACAACUUGGGAGUUUCUUAAGGGUGUUGUCGAGCGGUUUGAUGCUGCUGCGAAGAGGCUGUUGAGGUAUGUUGGACAGGAUAGCCAGGAUUAUGAACGGACUGUAGUAUUCAUAGAAGCCCUGAGGACAACGCAGACGGGGAAUAUGUUGUGGUCACUUAAAACGGAUAGGUAUGGGCUUGCACAAUAUAAGAUGGAGGAUGGGAGCAUGGUGGUUGAACUAUGAAAAACUGAGAUGUCAUUCACAGAUAACUUUAUAGAAAAUAGACUUCUGAGCAC